ACACCUUAAAGGUCGUUGCAUAGAUCAUGAGCUCACCUGCAAUUUAGGCUCUAUCCCACCUGACGACUCGCACACUUGAGAGCGAGACACCGAAGUGAACACAUCGCACUUCUUGAAUUUCGGUGAAAUCCUAGACCCAGCCACUUUCAACACGAUGAGUAAAGGAGGUCCGAAAACUGGAGUUCCGGGAGGCUGGGGCCCUUGGACGGCUUUUGACCAGGUUGAAACUGACCGCGCCCGGGCCCUCCUUGUUCUGUUCCGAGGUGAGGCGGAGAAGACUCUCAACAACGGCAAAGCGUUCGAGGCGUUCAUACCGCUCUCGUACCAGACACAAGUUGUCGCAGGGACAAACUACAGUAUACUGGCUUUUGUCGGAGAUUUGGGUGGCUCUGGUCAGCCGAAACUGCCUGGGCCAACAGUGCAUUUCGAGGUGUUCUGGGGUCUAGGGCCGGCCUUGCCUGAACUGACCAAGGUCGAAUGGUGGGUUUACGAACAAGCCAAGAAGUAGGGAGUCAACUUCCUAGCCAACAGUGCAUUGCGCAAUUACAGUAGAAGCCGUUUAAUUGCACACCCCAUUUGCCAGCGCAUUUCGUGCAAUUACCCGGAUGGUGCAACAACGCGAAGUUAUCCAGCUGGCCUGCACCACGACGGGAUUUUUUUUUUAUUCUGUGCAAUUAACAGAAGUGUGCGGUAAUCCGUUUUGCAAUUAACUGGCUUCUACUGUACUUACUGCGUUAAGCAGUCAGAGUUUUCUACUUUAACAACCAAAUGUAUGAUGAAGUUUUUGAAGAGUGCUUUCCAACCGUAUAUGGUGAGAGAGAGCUUGACUAAAACGCAGUAAAUUGUGAAUGUACUGCAGACGCUAAGCAAAAUCUGUAAUUUUUACUAUGAUUCUUCAAACUGUUAUAUAGACCGUUGAAAGCUAAAUAUGCCCAUCUAAUUUAAAAUAUGAGUAAAUAAAAAUAACCUUGUUAUAAACUGUUCUAGUUACAUCAUAUCCAAAUUCAGACUAAAAAGAAACAAAAGCAGAUUAAACAUCGAACACGAUUAAGAUGACUCAAACCGAAUCAUCUUUUGCAACUGAAUGUGAACGCUCCUAAUCCGUUUGUGGCUAUCAAAAGUGGUUAGAAAACUUCUGAAACGAUUCAAUGUUUAAUUUGCUUCAAUUUCGUAAGUGUGAAGUGAACGAUGUCUUAGCUGCAAGGAAUUAUCAAAGGAAUCAUUUAAUGCAUGGAAAAUUAUAAAAAAGUUAACUAGUUCUUUCUUAGCCUUGACUUUGUCCAGCUGUGGUGAGAUCUUGAAUAAAAUGGGAAAAUAUGGGAAA